CCCCCGCCGGGCCCGCCAUGGCCGCGCCGUGCCGGACGCGCACGCUGCAGGUGGUGGACACGGAGUUCAGCGCGGACGCGGUGGAGUGGUGCCCGGUGGAGGGCUGGCACAGCAUCCUGGCCUGCGGCACCUACCACCUGCGCCCGCCCGCAGAGAGCGAUUCCCGAGGCAGCUCUAAUGGGGCCUGUGACCGUACCGGGCGUCUCUACCUGUACCACUACAACGAGGAGCAGCCCUACAUCCCACUGACCGAAAUCCAGCGCAUCGACACGGCCGCCGUCCUGGACAUCAAAUGGUGCCAUGUUCCUGUUGCAGAACAUCCCAUGGUUGGCAUUGCAAACUCCACGGGUGCCGUGGAGUUUUGCCACCUGACUGGAAGCGAGAAGAACAGCUGCAUGUUGGAGCCACGCUUCAGGGUGGAUCUCGGCGCACAGCGACUGGCCCUGUCCUUGGACUGGUCCACGGGACGGGAGCAGUGUGGAUGUCCUUUGAGAGUGAUCAGCAGUGAUUCAGAGGGGAAGCUGAACCUUUUCUCCAUAGAUGAAUCUGCUCCUUCUGUGCAUGUCCUGAGCCAGUGGGAAGCUCACAAAUUUGAGGCCUGGAUUGCUGCUUUCAAUUACUGGGACACCGAUAUCGUGUACUCAGGAGGGGAUGACAGCCUGCUGAAGGGCUGGGACACCAGGUGCAGUCCAGAGGCUCCAGUGUUCACCAGCAGGAGACAUUCCAUGGGUGUGUGCAGCAUUCAGUGCAGUCCCCACCGGGAGAACCUCCUGGCCACGGGCAGCUACGACGAGCACGUGCUGCUGUGGGACAGCAGGAACAUGAAGCAGCCCCUGGCUGACACCCACGUGGAAGGAGGGGUGUGGAGGCUGAAGUGGCACCCCACGCGUGAUUUCGUGCUGCUGGCAGCCUGCAUGCAGAGUGGGUUCAAGAUCCUGGACUGCCGUGGGAGCCUGGCGGAGAACACGGAGGAGUGUGUCAUCCUGUCAUCCUACGUCCUGCACAACUCCCUGGCCUACGGGGCUGACUGGUCCAGGCUGUGUCCCAGGGAUUCCCUGCCUGCAGCACAGGACCCUGCUGCCACAUGCCAGCCUUUGGAGGAGCUCCCGGGAGCAGAGGAAGGAGACAAGAGGCUGAAUUUGCAGGUCCAAAACCUGAAGAUAAUUUACGAGUCUCCUACAGCCACUUUUGAUGUGAUCCUGGAUGAGGAGAGCGAGGGCCCUGCCGGAGCAGGGGCGGCUCCCAGGCUGGCUGGGGAUCCUGGCCCGGGCAGGGGCUCUGCUUUAAAGGGCAGUUUAGACCUGGCUGGGGGCCCAGAUCCCGGCUCAGCCAGGGGCUCUGAGUCCAGAGCCAGGAGCUCCAAUGGGACUGGCCUGGACAGCCCCAAAGAGACGAGCAUCGUGGCCACUUGUUCCUUCUACGACAACAUCCUCCAUGUCUGGAGGUGGGAGAUGAGCCUGGGCACCACUCCUGAUGUGCCAAGUCCUGGAUCUCCAUCCAGAAGAACAGCUGAAAGUCUGCAUUGACCACUCCCAAGCAGAGGGGGCAGGAAAACCCCUGAACUGAGAGUGACAGCUGAACUUAACGCCCUGCCUAACUCCUGUUGGGCCUUCCCAGUUUUAUUGCUGAACUUGGCAGUCCUUCAAGGCCCACACUGAUGGAAUUCCUGGUGUUUUAUUUUCAGCACAGGGGAAAGCCUUUGCUUAGAGGCCUGUGGUUAAGCACAGACAGCUUUAUUUAGUUUUCCCCUUAAUGUCCUGGUUCCAAGGGGGACGGCCCUCCUCUCACAGGCUUUGAACCUCAGGUUUGGGUCCUUUCAAGGCUGGUUUGCAUUUCACGUUGCUCUGUUCAGCCUGUUCUCCUCCUUCCAUCACAAACCAGACUGUGCUGCUGUGAGCAGACCCAGCAUGUGAUCAGAAGGUUCCCUGAAUGUCUUGUAAAAGCCCCUGAGCAGAGGUUGAUGUGCAAACCAGACCCUUGAGAAGAGCUCAGGCAGGCCAGGCACAGUGCAGCAUAGUUCAGAUGGAAGUGUUGUGGGGAGCAGGGCCUUUCCCGGGAGGAUCCUGCUGCACCUCCCUCAUUUCCCAUCGCUCCUGCCCUGAUGACAGUUCCCCUCACCCCUCCCAGGUGAGCACAGCCUGGUUUAGAUAAACCCUGGAGUGACCUGCCCUCCUUUAGUGCCACUCAGCCACCCCCACAGCCUCUUGUAUCCAGCUCAUGUUUUCUGCUCUCCACAUUUAGGGCCAAAGUCAAGACCUUUCACUUUUUUUAAAGGUGAACAGCUUUAACAUCAAAACCUCCACAGAGUUUAAGUGGCGUUUCCUGACAUCUUUUUGAGUUCAAAAUAUGUACAGAAACCAAAACCUGAGCAGCAUUGCCCAAACUACCUCCAGGAAUGGCUGCAGGAUCUCUCAUGGUUGCUCCAUCAGCUUUCUUUUCUCACUGUGAAGUAUCAGCAAAACACCCUUUCUGGAGCAUUUGAUCUGUCCCUAGAAACAGAGAACCAGCUUAAACUAGGUAAGGAACUCUUAGCUUGGGUGGUUUGUCUCUGAAUGUCCUGAGGGAUGAGUUGUCUGGGGGGAAAGAAACACCAGCAACAGGUCUCUGUGUAACAGUGCUGCAUCCAAGUGACACACAGAUGAGAACCUUGACUGCUCUGAGACCCUGCUCAGGGUGAGUGUGCAUUUUAGACAACACUGAGCACUGUUACAUGAAGAUUCAUAUUAGUGCUGCAAACGAGAGCUUUUCUUAUUAAAAAAAAAACCAAAACAUGCUAUUUUUGAAUGUUUCUAAAAUAAAGCCACUACAAGUGA